AUGUCAGUCGUGCAACCCAAAUCCAAUUUUACAACCAGAAAAUGGUGGAAAGAGGCCGUCGUGUAUCAGGUGUACCCGGCCAGCUUUAAAAGUGGAAAGUCUGCAUCCAAAGCCGAUGGAUGGGGUGACAUUUGCGGCAUCAUCGAGAAAGUUCCAUACCUAAGGAGCUUGGGCGUCGAUGUCUUAUGGUGCAGCCCUAUCUACACGUCGCCACAAGUCGACAUGGGCUACGACAUCGCUGACUACAAAUCCAUUGAUCCACGAUAUGGUACUUUAUCAGACGUGGACCUUUUGAUUAAAACACUUGGCGAUCACCAAAUGAAACUCAUGAUGGACCUCGUGGUUACACAUACUUCCGAUCAGCAUGAUUGGUUCGUUGAGUCUGCCAAAUCCAAGGUUUCACCUAAGCGAGACUGGUAUAUCUGGAGACCAGCCCAAGGGUUGGAUGGGGCUGGCAAUCCAAUACCUCCUAAUAACUGGGCCCAAAUCCUAGGCGACUCGCUCAGCGCUUGGACCUGGCACGAAGAAACCCAAGAGUUCUAUCUGACUCUACACACCUCAGAGCAAGUCGAUCUGAACUGGGAGAAUCCAGAUGUCAUAGCAGCAGUUUACGAUGUCAUGGAGUUCUGGCUGAGCCGCGGAGUUGCCGGGUUUCGUAUGGAUGUCAUAAAUCUCAUUUCAAAAGACCAGUCGUUUCCAGACGCCCCGAUCAUUGACCCGAGUUCCAAAUACCAGCCUGGUGAGCGGUUCUACACAAAUGGACCACGCUUUCAUGAAUAUAUGCGUGGUAUCUAUGACAAUGUUCUCUCGAAAUACGAUACUAUUACCGUCGGAGAAACUCCAUACAUUACGGACAUGGAAGAGAUUAUCCGGACAGUGGGAUCUACGGCGCGAGAGCUGAACAUGGCCUUCAAUUUUGAUCACAUGGAGAUUGAAGAUGUCAAAACCAAAGGGGAAUCAAAGUGGAGUCUACGUGACUGGAAGUUGACUGAGUUGAAAGGAAUUCUUUCGGGGUGGCAGAAGCGAAUGAAGGAGUGGGAUGGCUGGAAUGCCAUCUUCCUAGAAUGCCAUGACCAAGCUCGGUCGGUUUCCCGCUAUACUAAAGAUACAGACGACUUCCGAGGGCAUGCUGCGAAACUACUAGCGCUAUUGGAGACUACGCUUGGCGGAACCAUUUACCUUUACCAAGGACAAGAGAUUGGUAUGAGGAAUUUUCCUCUCGAGUGGGAUCCCGAGACAGACUACAAAGACAUUGAGUCUGUAAACUUUUGGAAAAGGUCGAAACAGCUGCACCCUGCUGGAUCGGAAGAGCUUGCAAAGGCAAAGAAACUCCUGCAAAAGAAAGCAAGAGAUCAUGCUCGUACGCCAAUGCAAUGGUGUGCGGCCCCAAACGCAGGUUUCACCGUCCCAGGCGUGUCACCCUGGAUGAGAGUGAACGAUGAUUAUAAGACAGUAAACGUGGAGUCUCAGAUGAACUUUCCAUGCCAUAAAAGGGAAGAGUUAUCGGUAUGGCAGUACUGGCAACAUGCAUUGGAAUUCCGCAAGCUACACAAGGAUGCGUUCGUUUACGGCGACUUCGAGGAUUUGGACUUCGAGAACGAGGGCGUAUACGCGUACUUGAGAAUUGGCGCAGAGAAAAAGGAGACAUGGCUUGUUGCAAUGAACUGGACGGAUUCGACAAUCGAGUGGGCACUUCCUCCAGGCAUCCAAGUCACCCAUUGGGUCUCAUCAUCUCUCCAAACCACUGCGCUCGAGCUGGACCCACGAGUCAUCAAACUUCGUGCCUUUGAAGGGCUUGUUGGCUGUUGUAACCUCGUUUGA